AUGUACAAUAAAAUGCUGUCGAUCAGUGAGGAUCAUGGAUUCCGUUCGCUGAGUCAUUCCGAUUCCACAGAGAACGAUGCCGUCGCUGCGCAGGACAUUCUCACGUGCGGCGCGUGUCAAAAGACCUUCGCGCUCUCGGACAUUGUCAAGUUCAUACAACACAAGGUCCUGCAAUGCAACAAGGAGAACUACGGCCAGUGCACGACGCAAGGUCCCACAAUGGAUCGCGAUGCGGAAGAGGGUCGACCGCUAAGUCUGGUCAAUCGCCGUCCAUCGAUUUCGGCACCCAUUAGCAGUCGGAAACCCACAAGUGGUGCCGGCAGCGCUGCCGCCGCUGCUGCUGCGUCCGCAGCCACGGCUAGCGCCAGCAGUACAGCCAGCGCCAGCGGCUCAAGGAUACACACACCACCGCCCAGUCCUGCAGAUUUGUUGGCCGAUGGGGCCAGCAGUACGCCCAAGCGUCUUGUAGAUGAGAACGACAACACAACGCCCAAAGACAGCGAAACGGCUGCGAAUGCCUUGGAGGCGGGAGCGGCAACCACAGUUGUUGUUGCCAGCUCGGGAGCGGACAUUGGACGCCGCUCGGCAAUCGUUGACGAUGACGACGACGAUGACGAUGAUAUGGAUGAGGAUGAUAUGGCGCUGAGAUCUCGUAGUCGUCACAGCAGCUGUGAACUAGACAACGUCGCCGCCAAUCAACACAACAACCAUCAUGUUGACGAUGAUGAGGAUGCUGAUGAGAAUGCUGACGAUGACAAGCCAAAGGUUAAACAGGAGCCGUAUGGUGAGGAUGAGGAGGCCGAGGAGCUAUUGCAAGCCCAUGAUGAUGAUGAUGUGGACGAUGGUCAUAAGCCUAGCACAAAUAAUAAUAACAAUAAUAAUAAUAAUAAUGACGAUGGCCAGCCGCUGGCCAAGCGACCCAAAAUCGAGGUCUGCGAUGCCGAAGCCAAUACCGUGCAUACAGAGCCCAGUAACUACAUCUGCUCGACCUGUAAGACCCGCUACACGAGCGCCUGGCGCCUCAUCCAGCACGUGCAGCAUUCGCAUGGCGUCAAGAUAUACGUGGAAUCGGGCAUGGGUGCUGCCACCCUAACAGUGGCCACGCCCGCCUCGCUAAACAGCAGCAUAGCCGCCGCCGCCGCCGCUGCUGCAGCCACUGGCACCACCUCAGCUUCGCCCAGCGCCAGUCCCACAUCUUCUGUGGGUGUCAGCGCUUUGCCACUGCAUGCGCUCAUGCAGUCGACGCCGGUGCCGAAACGCAGUGCCAGCAACAGCAGCGCCGCCGCCAACAGCACCACCCAUAGUGGUGGUAGUGCCAGUUCACCACCGGCCACCACAUUGGCUUCCCAGCAGCAGCAACAACAGCAACAGCAGCAGCAAUUGCUGCAACAACAACAGCAGCGCGCGCAACAACAAGCCGCAGCCGCCCAACAACAGAGCCUCAGUUCAGCAAUGGCCGCAGCAGCCGCCGGUAUGCGCCACCAUCCGCUGUUGCCACCGCCGGAGGCGAUGCACACGAAUCCCUUCAAUUUGUUGCGCAUGCCACUACCACCGGCCCUGGCCCAGAGCCCCGUAGUUCCUAAUGUGGCACCGCUCUUCAGCCGCCCCCAUCCCGAUCACUAUCGCAUGGAGCAGCUGGUGUCCGAGCAGUUCCGUCAUCACGGCUUCAAUUUGGCCGCCGCUGCGGUGGCUGCCGCUAAUACCGCCGCCGCUGCCCAGUUCAGCGCGAAUGGUGGUGGUAGUGGUGGUGCUGGCGGUGCUGUUUCCAAUCAGAGCGGCAGCAAUGUUCCUACGAAUGUAUGCUCGAGUGGUUUGGUGGAGCAGCGUCCGCCAUCGAGCAAUAGCAGCCACCGUGGUUCGGUGCCACCUGCCUCGUUGCCGCCACCAUCGCUAUCAGUGGCAGCAGCCGCUGCCGCGGCCGCCGCUGCUGCAGCCACCACGCCGGUAGGUGCUGGUGGCACUGGUGGUGCCCUCAGCCUGGAACCACAGCAGCAGAUGGAUUUUUACUCGCAGCGAUUGCGUCAGCUUGCGGGCACAACAAGCCCUGGAGCUGGCAACAUUGUUAACUCGAGCUCGCCGAGUCCACGACAAAAGCAAUCGCCGCACUUUGCGAGCCCCUCGCCCUCCCACAGCAGCAGCAACAACAGCAGCAGCAAUAUGCGACCCCAUUCGCUGACGCCGCCAGAGAAAUGCGAACUGAGCGGCGAGAACGGUGCGCUGCACACAACGCCCCGCUCCGCCUCCACACCACCCUCGAAGCCCUCCAGUCACGCCGAGGCCAGCUGCUAUGCCUGCGGCUAUUGCGAUAAGAAGUUCCGCUUCGAAAACAAUCUGAUCAUCCAUCAGCGGACGCACACGGGCGAGAAACCCUACAAGUGUACCGCCUGCGACUUCGAAUGCUCGCACAUCCAGAAGCUGAUGAAGCACAUGCGUGUGCAUCGCAGUCCUGCUGGUGCCGAUGGUCCCGAUGGUAAUGGAGGUGAUGGCCAGGAUGGUGGCAGUAAUGCGGAUUCGUUGGAAACGAAUGAGGCCGAUGGCGAUCCAGAUGCGGAUGAAUCAGAGCCAGAACAGGAUCUGGACGACGAGGAUGCUGAUGCGCUGGACGAGGAGGAUGAUGAUGAAUUGGACGAGGGUGAUGAUGUUGACUAUGAAGCCGAAGAUUUGAGCGUCAAUACACGCAUCGAUGGCAAGAGCCAGAGUCCAAAGACCACCAGCUCGGGUGCCACCUCUCUGGUGGGUGAGCUGAUGGACAAGUUUGGACUCUCGAACAUUGCCCAGUACUCGGAGGCGUACAAGCAGGCGCUACAGGAGUCUGGCAGCCUCAAACAUUUGACCAGCAGCGCUGGUGGCAAGGAUUCUGCCUCGGUCUCUGCCGCGGCGGCCGCUGCGGAUAACAACAAUCGCAGCUCAAAUCGUUCGCCACUGCCAGCGAUUAGCGACAAACUGAAUGGUUUGCCGGUGGCCGCUCUGCGAUUGCGUGACGAGUUCGCCAAGAACUGUUCGAUGUUCCAACAGCCAGCGCCGCAGGAUGCGCCCGCACAGGUGCCACUGUUCAACCCCUUCCCCAACCCCUUCGAGCUGUCGAAACGCAUGAAAAUUGAUGGCGGCGACUGGUGGGGCAUGUCCGCUCUUCAUCGCAACGAUGCCCUCUUCGAGAACCUUAAGCUGAAACCACUGGGACUGGGCGGUGCCAAUUCCCUGCUGCAAGGCCCACUGCUUAAAAAGGAGAGCCGACAACGCAACGACACCUGCGAAUUUUGCGGCAAGGUGUUCAAAAACUGUUCCAACCUCACCGUGCAUCGACGCAGCCACACCGGCGAGAAGCCCUACAAGUGCGAGCUCUGCUCCUAUGCCUGCGCCCAGAGCUCCAAGCUGACGCGUCACAUGAAGACGCACGGACGCACCGGCAAAGAUGUCUACCGCUGCCGUUUCUGCGACAUGCCCUUCAGCGUCCCCUCAACGCUCGAGAAGCAUAUGCGCAAAUGUGUGGUCAAUCAGGGCAAGGCAGCGGCUGCGGCAGCGAACGCGGCCAAUGCUGUGGCCGCUGCACAGGCGGCGGCUGCUGCGCAACAACUGCAAGCAGCUGCGGCACAACAAAUGCCGGCGCAGUCGCAACUAUCGCCACCCUGCGCCUUGGGCUCCUUUGCACCCCAGUUCGGUGGUCACAAUUUAUCGCUGCCGGGCAGCGUAAGUGGUGACAAUGAUUCGAAUGCAUCCUCCAGCCUGCCAGCUCAUCCAAUUUCGCUGAAGGAGGAGGCAUGA